CAUGCGCCACUCUCUUAAUCGAGUGGGUCUACCAUUCUCUCUCUCUCUCUCUUCCAAAUCUCUCUCACUGUCAAGAGGAUGAACAGACCGAGAAAUUAUAUGUAGAAAUUGAAAUGGCGAUGUCACGGUGUUUUCUCGUUCUCGCAUUUCCUCCUGGUUCGUAGGGAUUCGCUAUUCAUUGUCGGUUACCGAAGUUUCUGCCGCGACGGACUUUGCUUGGGAAUGAUCCUCUGAAGCUCUACACAGACUACACUUUCGUGCUUCUGGAAUGGACUCCGAUAAGGAAAUGACAUCAACUAUUGUAGAAAGCAAGGAUACAGUAACUGGUCACAUAAUCUCCACUACUAUUGGAGGGAAAAAUGGCGAGCCAAAACAGACUAUUAGCUAUAUGGCGGAACGUGUUGUUGGUUCCGGAUCGUUUGGAAUUGUUUUCCAGGCAAAGUGCUUGGAAACUGGGGAAACUGUUGCAAUAAAGAAAGUCUUACAGGACAGACGUUAUAAAAAUCGUGAGCUGCAGUUGAUGCGCUUGAUGGAUCAUCCAAAUGUUGUUUCCUUAAAGCAUUGUUUCUUUUCUACAACUAGUAAAGACGAGCUCUUCUUAAAUCUGGUUAUGGAAUACGUUCCUGAGACUAUGUAUCGAGUACUGAAACACUACUGCAGUAUGAACCAGAGGAUGCCGCUCAUCUAUGUGAAACUUUACACUUAUCAAAUCUUCAGGGGGCUGGCUUAUAUACACACUGUUCCUGGGGUUUGCCAUCGAGAUGUAAAGCCUCAUAAUCUUUUGGUCGAUCCUCUCACGCAUCAGGUCAAACUUUGUGAUUUUGGAAGUGCAAAAGCUUUGGUUAAAGGUGAAGCAAACAUCUCUUACAUAUGCUCCCGUUACUAUCGAGCUCCAGAGCUCAUAUUUGGUGCAACAGAGUAUUCUACAUCCAUUGACAUAUGGUCGGCUGGUUGUGUUCUGGCCGAGCUGCUUCUAGGACAGCCACUGUUUCCUGGGGAAAAUGCAGUAGAUCAACUGGUUGAGAUAAUCAAGGUUCUUGGCACUCCAACUCGAGAAGAAAUUCGAUGCAUGAAUCCAAAUUAUACUGAUUUUAGGUUUCCUCAGAUCAAAGCCCACCCGUGGCACAAGGUCUUCCAUAAACGAAUGCCACCUGAAGCUAUUGAUCUUGCUUCAAGGCUUCUUCAAUAUUCACCCGGUCUCCGGUGCACUGCUCUUGAAGCAUGUGCGCACCCCUUCUUUGAUGAGCUUCGGGAACCAAACGCCCGCCUCCCCAAUGGUCGUCAGUUGCCACCACUCUUCAACUUUAAACAGGAACUAUCCGGAGCAUCCACUGAAUUAGUAAAGAGGCUCAUACCGGAGCAUGUUCGGCGGCAGAUGGGACUGUCAUUCCCACAUCAAGCAGGUACGUAGAUUAACUCGAAAAGAGGGACACGCUCUUCUUCCAGCAAAAAGUCGUGAGGCGAAAGCAACCAUUCUGGAGAACUAUACAUAUUGCCCGUCCAGCGCCAUCCUUGAAUGGUAAAAUAUCAACUACUUUUGCUUUAGCUAAUAUGAUGGUAUAUUUGCUACGUCUGUACAUUAUUUUUACCGCAAAAAUUUUAUAUAGCUAGGUGUAUAGAAAGGGUAAUUGUAUUGUAUAUCACGUCUUGGCUAGGUAAUCCCAUUACAAGCUCAAGUGGUUUACUGUAGAUUGUAAUUCUGUUAGCUUAUAAUCAUCACCGUUAUCUCAUUUGUGUUGUUAUGCUCUUCGUUUGUAUUUAUUUAGAUUAGGAGAAUUAUUAUUUCUUCU